GUCGCUCGCUGGAUGCGACACGUUAUAUCUCUAAUGUAAACAAGAUGGCCGACCAAGAGCUCAGGCAGCGUCUUUUAACUCCAGAAUCCGAAGAAACAAAUGUGAAAUGGGACCCGGACAGCUUGCCACUGAAAAGCAGACUGAAACUGGCAAGAAAAGCUAAAGCCGAUCCAUGCUAUAUUUAUGUUUUAGAGGUUUUUAUGAUUGUACUCACCAUUGUUGGAGCUGUGUACUGCUGGUUCUAUUUUGACAAUGUCCACUUUCAUGUGUCUCAUACCUAUGCUCGGCUUGGCUAUGAUGUUGCUCAGCAUCAUGUUGGACAAAGAUAUUUGCAUGGGAAAGGAGUAGAUAAGCACCCAGAAAAAGCUAUGGAAUGGUUUAGGAAAGCGGCGGAUCAAGGUCACCCCCAUGCUGCUUAUAACCUGGCCAUUGGGCACCUCAAAGGCUACAAAACUGACCUGAAACCUGGUGAAUCUCAUCGUCUGAUCACACAUGCAGCUGCUAAUGGUGUGGAAGAAGCUCAUGCAGUUUUGAACUCAGUCUGCACCAAGGGGGGAUGCCACUAAACCUCUGUUUUUGAACCUGUGGAUCUCUUUUUUUUUCGUUACAUUUCAUUGUUUUUGUAAAAUGUAAAAACUUCAUCACAUACUUGUGGCAAAACGAUAGAACUAUAAAUCUUUUUUUUUUAAGUUUAUAAAAACAUAUUUGUUUUCAAUAAUCACCAGAAUAUAAGCAUAUAAAGCAGAAUUUGAUGUUGCAAUUCUGUUGGGUUUUUUCCCCCACAUUUUUUUGUAAUGGAAAUGUUUCACAUCACAUGUAUAUGUAAUUUGGCUAAUUUUCCACCUUUGAUAUAUUGAAAAUUUAUUUUUUUAAAUAUCAAUAUUUAAAUAUUUAGACUUGCAGUAUAUUUAAAUUGGUGCACUUCAUAAGUUCAGAUUUUUGCUUACAAAGUUUUUUUUAGGUGUGAAAAGGUAAAUAUCUUUAACUUUAAAAAACAGAAAAAAAAAAUUGGUGUAAACUGUAGGGGAAUGACUUCUGUGUAGUUACAAACUAUAUAAGUUGGCCAAACCACUUACACAAAUAUAGGCUUUAUUUAACUGACAAAAAUCAAAAGAGUUUUCACUAGUGCUUAGUAAUAAUCUUAUUAUUCUAUUAUUUCUAUACUUUUAACAAAAAUAAUAUUUGUCCAUAUGUUAGUAAAAAAAAAGAAUAUAUUUUUAUUAAUUCUAUAUGUUAAUAAUUUCUGUGCAGAGAAAUAAGACAUCAUUGUGCAUUUCUAAUGUUAUUUGAAAACAAACAGUUGGAGUGGAAAAAUGUGAUUAUUUUUUUUUAACAUCUUCUUAGAACAUACAAAUGAUUCUCCUUGGUAUUUAACUCUGAUUUUCUCAGAAUUUUAAAACUUCUGGCUAUAAAAUUCAAAAUGUUGAUAUUAGUUACAGUAUCAGUACUACUGGAGCUAGUUUUGUAUAUAACUUAAACGUUUUGCAAUAACUGUGAUUUAACUAGUCAUUUUGACAGAGGUGCAAUUUAACACCAAAAGUUGUUGAUUUCCGUCCAUUUUACACAUUUUUUUUUCCUUGAAUUUAAAAUUGUGGUGUGUGUUGGUAUUGUCACUUGAACAGGAUGCAACUUUUAUCAUUGUUUUUUCUAGUUCUACAGAUCUACAUAAAGCUUGGAAAAAAAAUAAUCUAGAAAUAUCUUAAAAACCAUGUUUAGUACAACCAAGAGAUUUUUAUAUACGUUCUUGUUUGAUGUCAUCCAGUGCAAUAGCUAAAAUAUGGCAAAAGAGCUGGUUAAUCUAGGUGGCAUUUUCUGUUUUAA